AUGCAUAGCUCCUCUGCUAAUAUCCAUAAGCCUCUACUCAGUCAAGAGGGUUGCUCACCUGACUCAUCACAAAUUGACUUGACCUCCGGCCGCCGAUUUCACCCUGAAAAUGUGUACUCACAACAGUUCAGCCAAGAAGAGAUUGAGUGUCCAAAUGGAGACCUUGUUUAUCUUGCAUGCCCCGGAUCAAAAGAAAGGUGCCGCGGUUGUGGUAUUAUUGCGGACUCGUUCCAUGCGGACUGCCUUAUCAUCGCGAUUGAUGGGGCUUGUUCGAAUAAUGGCAAGGAUGAGGCGCGUUCCUCGAUUGGGGUAUUCCACGGCUACGAUAACGACCUCAAUCUAUCCCGCACUUUAGACGGCUUUGACCGUCACACAAACCAGAUAGCUGAGCUGGAGGCUUGCUUGGCAGCUCUGAUUGCUGCAAUCAGAAUCCAGACAGAGUGGAGCCAAGCAGGCGACCUGCUUGAUGCAAUUGUAAUCAAGUCCGAUUCCGAGUACGUGGUACGGGGCCUGACUGAAUGGCUCCCGAAGUGGAAGGGAAAUGGCUGGAAGAAUGCCAAGGGCUUGCCAGUCGCGAAUUCUGACCAGUUCAAGAAGAUCGAGCUGCUGAUUGAUUAUCUCGAACGGUACAUCUCUGUCAAAUUUUGGAUAGUGCCCCGAGAGCAGAACAAGAUGGCAGAUAGUCUCGCAAAAGCUGCCCUGAAAUAA